AUGGUGCCAUGCAUCAACUCCGACACUGAGGAAGCGCCUGCACCACGUCCUAAACGGGUUGCUGUGCCAUCAGCAAAGGUGAUUAGUGCGGACAAUGCAGCUGAUCAAGAGCUUCUUUCCCACAGAAUAGCUCAUAUCACAAACUGUGCUGCUGUUAGCUUGGACCCUACUGACUUAGAUGGGGCCGACAACGACAAAAUCCAGCUGGUGAGCCCCCAUACCAACAAACAGCUCAUCAAAGAUAAGUUUUUUUUUGGUUUUAUGUGCUUUACUAACUGCAACCCAUUGACAAUUCCUACAGGACGAAAACAGGUUGCACAAAGUCCUGAUGCCGAGGAUGUCGACCUUGCACAGCCUCCUGCUUCUGAUGAGGACGACUUGGAAGAAGGAGACCCCCCGGUGUCAGUGAAACCACCGAAAAAACGGCAAAAGAAAGUUCUGCUGUUGCCGGUCAAGAUAGACCUAUCGGGCGAACAGUUCGUCGGCCUUCCUAAUACAAGGAAGGUUUCUGGUGGUUCCUACUGCACGAGCCGCGGCUUCUAUGCAGGAUCAGCGGCGAGUGGUUUCAGCACUUCUGCCUAG